AGCCCUGGAGCUGACAUCUCCCUGUCCAGCCAUGGACCUCCAGCUGCUCCUGCUGCUGCUCCUGGGACUAGCAGGUCAGGGCUCUGUAGUCAGCCGGCCUGAGCUGCUGCAGGUGCAAACAGGGAGCUCCAUUCUAGUACAGUGCCACUACCGGCUGCAGGAUGUCAAAGCCCAGAAGGUGUGGUGCCGCUUCUCAGCCGCCAGCUGCCAGCCCUUGGUGACCUCAGCUGUGGAUCGCAGAGGCCCAGGGGGUGGGCGCACGUUCCUCACCGACCUGGGCGGGGGCCUCCUGCAGGUGGAAAUGGUCAGCCUGCAAGAAGAGGAUGCUGGGGAGUACGGCUGCAUGGUGGAGGGAGCCGCGGGGCCCCAGACCCUACACCGUAUCUCUCUAGUGGUGUUACCCCAAGUUGCUGGCCAGAGUGAGGAGACCUACAAACUUGGCAGUGUGGCUGAGGACCCUACCGCACACCUCCCAGGCAGUGCCAGCCCCUGGGAACCCAGGCAGCAUGAGAAGAGUUUCCCCUUGAUCGGGGGUGCUGUGUUCCUACUGGGUGUGCUGGUGGUGGCUGUGGUGCUGUUUGCUGUGAUGGCCAAAAGGAAAGCAACCAGACAUUCUGUCUGUGGAUCAUUCCAGAGCUGUAAUGCUUCAGGCACGGACCCCUCUUCAGCGGUCCCCCACAUCAGUGAUUGUGGACUGGCUGUGGUAGAACCUUCGGAUGUGCCAUACACCAGGCUCCAUUCACCAAUUUCCUUCGACAGUGCUGCCUACAGAGAGCUAGCUCUUGAUGUCCCAUCCCCAGGGCCUCCUCUGCCUCCGAAGGUCCACGUUUCCUCCAAGUCUGUGACAUAUGCUGCAGUCAUCUUCCCAAAAGGAGACAAGGGUGAAGUGGCCUCCUGUGAGCCACCCCAGGAUCCACCUGACUGCCAGACUCCACCCAGCUAAGCUGUUUAGUUCUCUAUGGACGCAUGGUGGUGGUCAUGCUUGGGGCCUCUGCACGGCUCAUGCCAGAUCCCUAAGAUAUCCCAGCCACUGUCAGAUCCAAGCUAACGUCCUGAGUCUGCUGAUGAGAUGCUCAAAUAUGUCUAAGGUGUUUUGGGGAAGCUCCCUCCCCACCAUGACACACUGAAUAAACCCUGAAUGAUA